AUGUCCCUCAAAAUGGCUUCUCCACUUUAUCUGAUCUUUCUGUUCAUGAUCUCAGGAGCUCUUGGGAAUAAAUGGAGUGUGAAAUACAGCCAACUAAAUCUCUGUGCUUUAAAAGGAUCUACAGUGUUUAUCAACGGCACUUACACACACCCAACAGGUCUUACAGUGAAGAAGGCGUUUUGGUUAAUUAACCCAGUUAAGGGUAAAGAGUCGACUGAUCUGUAUGAUGAACCAGGUUACUCAAGCAGAUUGGAGUAUUUAGGAGAUGAACAGAAACACUUCUCCCUCAGACUGAGAGACGUGAAGAAAACAGAUGAACACAUGUACUGCUUCAGAAUCAUAACAAACAAAGACAAAGAAAAAUUCCUGGGUUUUCCCGGAGUUACACUCACUGUUACAGAUCUUCAGGUGAUCACUCCUGCAGAAGUGACAGAGGGACAAUCAGCCGUUCUGACCUGUAAAACCACCUGCAGUCUGACUGAUCCCACAUUCCUCUGGUACAAAAACAAACCUGGUUUAACCACAAAGACCACCAAGAGCAAUGAAGUCCACCUGCAGCGGGUCAGCAGUGAGGAUGCAGGCAGUUAUAGCUGUGCUGUAAGAGGAUAUGAACAUCUCCCCUCUCCUGCUAAAACUCUCAGCGUCAGAUAUCCUCCAAAGAAGGUCUCAGUGUCCAUCAGCUCCUCUGGUGAGAUAGUGGAGGGCAGUUCAGUGACUCUGACCUGCAGCAGUGAUGCUAACCCUCCUGUGGAGAACUACACCUGGUUUAAGGGGAAUGAAUCGUCACCUGUAGGAUCUGGACAGAGUUACAGGGCUCUACAGAGUGGACAGUACUACUGCAAGGCUCAGAAUAAACAUGGCUCUGACAGAUCAGCUGCAGUUUCCAUCACUUUAAACGGUGAGAGCGAUGAUGAUAAUCUAAUCCUGUACAACACUGUACCUGAUUCAGCUUCGGCCAAUCAGGAUGAAGUCCUGUAUGCCAGAGUUGUACGCCGGAGUGCCGGUGACCCCGGGAGCGCUGAGAGUUCUGCUCUGAAAGCUUCUGGCUCUGAGGACAAGGAGGUUCAGUACGCUAGUAUUAGAUUUACUCGCACCGGUGCUGACUACAGAAGCUUUCCAGCAAUGAUGUCCCUCAGAAUGGCUUCUCCACUUUAUCUGAUCUUUCUGUUCCUGAUCUCAGGAGCUCUUGGGAAUGAAUGGAGUGUGAAAUACAGCCAACCAAAUCUCUGUGCUAUAAAAGGAUCUACAGUGUUUAUGAACGGCACUUACACACACCCAACACGUCUUACAGUGAAGAAGGCGUUUUGGUUAAUUAACCCAGUUCCAGGUAUAGAGCCGACUGAUCUGCGUAAUGAACCAGGUUACUCAGACAGAGUGGAGUAUUUAGGAGAUGAACAGAAACACUUCUCCCUCAGACUGAGAGACGUCAAGAAAACAGAUGAACACAUGUACUGCUUCAGAAUCAUAACAAACGAAGAGAAAGAAAAAUUCCUGGGUUUUCCUGGAGUUACACUCACUGUUACAGAUCUUCAGGUGAUCGCUCCUGCAGAAGUGACAGAGGGACAAUCAGCCGUUCUGACCUGUAAAACCACCUGCAGUCUGACUGAUCCCACAUUCGUCUGGUACAAAAACAGACGUGGUUUAACCACAAAGACCACCAAGAGCAAUAAAUUCCACCUGCAGCGGGUCAGCAGUGAGGAUGCAGGCAGUUAUAGCUGUGCUGUAAGAGGAUAUGAACAUCUCCCCUCUCCUGCUCAAACCCUCAGCGUCAGAUAUCCUCCAAAGAACGUCUCAGUGUCCAUCAGCUCCUCUGGUGAGAUAGUGGAGGGCAGUUCAGUGACUUUGACUUGCAGCAGUGAUGCUAACCCUCCUGUAGAGAUCUACACCUGGUUUAAGGGGACAACAUCAGUAGGAAAAGGAAAGGCCUACAUCAUCUCCAAGAUCAGAAUUGAGCACAGUGGAAAGUACAAGUGCAAGUGCAGUAAUGAAGUCGGACAUCAGGACUCCAUCGGUGUAACUCUGAAUGUUCUGUAUCCUCCAAAGAAUGUCUCAGUGUCCAUCAGCUCCUCUGGUGAGAUAGUGGAGGGCAGUUCAGUGACUCUGACCUGCAGCAGUGAUGCUAACCCACCUGUGGAGAAGUACACCUGGUUUAAGGAGAAAGAAUCAUCACCUGUAGGAUCUGGACAGAGUUACAGAGCUCUACAGAGUGGACAGUACUACUGCAAGGCUCAGAAUAAACACGGCUCUGAGAGAUCAGCUGCAGUUUCCGUCACUUUAAACGGUGAGAGCGAUGAUGUAAAUCUAUAA